AUGGCGGUGAGGAACAAUGGGAAGGGGAAUUGGGAUGCGAGCAGGAAGGAGGGGUCAUGCAAGAACUUCGGGCAGAAAUUCUGCAAGUUGUUCUUCGCUGCGGAAUCUGGGAAGCGAUUGGUGAGGGUUCUCGAAUCUCUGGUUAAUAUUUUGUUGAGAAAGUUGAUAUUGGUGGUAUUUGAUGGAAUGUGUAUUGAGAAGCCGUCGGGUUUUCAUGCUAAGCCUUCCAAGGAUCUGGUUGGUCCAAUAGAAAGUGAUGAAAGGGACAAACAAAUGUCCCCUGUUCCCCAAGAGGAGAAUCAUGGAACCAAGAAGAAGACUAGAGAAAUAGAUGCAAAUGACUCUACAUUGAGGAAGCACUGUAAUGGAGCUUUGGUUGGUGACAACUCAGUUAGCCUUAAUAAUACUGAAGUGCAUGUAGAAUCCACCAAGCUUACUCUUUGUGUCACAGAUUCUGUUUCAUCAUACCGUGUGUCAGAAGAAAGUAUCUCUCGCAACGAGUCCUCAAAGUCUACACCCGGGCCGCUCAAAUUUUCUAAGGAUGUGGAUAUAUAUGGAAAAAAAAAAAAUAUCUCUCGCAACAAGUCCAAGUCAGUACCGAUGCUGCUCAACUUUUCCAAGGAUGUGUAUAUAGAUGGAAAAACCAUUGCGGAAGUUCAAAGACAACCAGAAGUAAUAUCGCAAAGGCCACCAGUUUGUGAAGAACAGCAGAACAACGCUCUUCAAAAGAAUAUUCCAUGUGAAUUUGUUAGGGAGUAUCUUCCCCGCACCGACAAGAAGUUGACACUCUUGGAUCCACAAGGAAUAACUUGGGAAGUUAACUAUGUCUAUUGCAACCAGCGUUGUUCUGGCACUUUCAGUCAGGGCUGGGGCAAGUUUUCGGUAGGUAAUCACCUGGAGACGUUUGAUGUCUGCGUCUUCGAGCUCCUCUCAGAGGACAACAUAAACGUGUGCAUCUACAGAGCAAAUGCCGCACUAUAUCCUUAUCUCUCAUAUUGA